UCCACACUGGGAAAGUGAGGCCAGCAGCCGACAACCACGAUGCCGGCCCACAUGCUCCAAGAGAUCUCCAGUUCCUACACGACCACCACCACCAUCACAGAGCCUCCCUCCGCAAACCUGCAGAAUGGACGAGAGAGGCUGAAGACCAUGCCUCUCUACCUGGAAGAAGACAUCCGCCCUGAAAUGAAGGAAGAUAUACAUGACCCCAGCUACCAGGAUGAGGAGGGGGCCCCACCCAAGCUGGAGUACGUCUGGAGGAACAUCAUCCUUAUGGCCCUGCUGCACCUGGGAGCCCUGUAUGGGAUCACACUGGUUCCCUCCUGCAAGGUCUACACCUGGCUCUUCGCGAUUAUGUACUAUGUGAUCAGUGCCCUGGGCAUCACAGCUGGGGCUCACCGCCUGUGGAGCCACCGAACUUACAAGGCCCGGCUGCCCCUGAGGCUCUUCCUCAUCAUCGCCAACACCAUGGCUUUCCAGAAUGAUGUGUACGAAUGGGCCCGAGAUCACCGCGCCCACCACAAGUUCUCAGAGACACACGCCGACCCUCACAACUCCCGGCGUGGCUUCUUCUUCUCUCACGUGGGUUGGCUGCUUGUGCGCAAACACCCGGCUGUCAAAGAGAAGGGCGGAAAACUGGACAUGUCUGACCUGAAAGCUGAGAAGCUGGUGAUGUUCCAGAGGAGGUACUACAAGCCCGGGCUCCUGCUCAUGUGUUUCAUCCUGCCCACGCUGGUGCCCUGGUAUUGCUGGGGAGAAACGUUUGUGAACAGCUUGUGUGUGAGCACCUUCCUGCGAUACACUUUGGUCCUCAACGCCACCUGGCUGGUGAACAGUGCCGCCCACCUCUAUGGAUAUCGCCCCUAUGACAAGAAUAUUGAAUCUCGGGAGAAUAUCCUGGUUUCCCUAGGUGCUGUGGGCGAGGGCUUCCACAACUACCAUCACGCCUUCCCCUAUGACUACUCCGCCAGUGAGUACCGCUGGCACAUCAACUUCACCACAUUCUUCAUCGACUGCAUGGCUGCCCUCGGCCUGGCUUACGACCGGAAGAGAGUGUCCAAGGCCGCCGUGUUAGCCAGGAUUAAAAGAACUGGAGACAGGAGCCACAAGAGUAGCUGAGUUUCGAGGCUUCUGAGUUCCUGUUCCAAAAGUUCUCUGGGCAGAGAUUUAAUGACCUGUUGAUUAACCAAUGGAUAAUGUUCCCAGGAUUAGUGAUGCAUUUAACCUAUUCCAGCACAGUAUUCUUAUAAAAUGAGAAAGCUUUGAUCAUGUUUUGAGGUAGUACAUAUUUUAAUUAGCUAGGGUUAACCAUGCCUCAAUAUAUAUAUAUAUAUUUAAAUAUACACACGAUGGACGC